AUGCGCUCAACACUUGCCAUCGCCGCCUUUGCGGUCGGCGCGCUUGCCGUGCCCUACAACCAGGAGCGAAAGCGUGACGUUGUCACCGCCUGGGACUAUGUCACCGCCUACGACGUGGUCACCGUCACCGCCGGCCAGGAACCAGCUGCAACUCAAGAGAAGCCAAAGCACUACGGCCACCACAACUUCAACACUCCAGUGGCAUACACCACUGUGGUCACCACUUCAUCUCCCGCCCCAGUGAAGAAGCCAAAGGAGCAAGCUCCUCCAGGCUACUCUCCACCAGCCAAGGAGCCAAAGCCAUCGGUACCAUCUUACGGUGGCGGAUCAACUGACGCAGCACCAACUGACUACGCUGGCAAAUGCGUCUACCACCACAACAUUCACCGCGCCAACCACUCUGUCGGUUUGCUUGAGUGGGACUUGGGUCUCGCUUCCAUUGCCCAGACCAUCGCUGAGAGCUGCGUUUACGCACACAACACUGAGGAAGGUGGAGGUGGCUACGGCCAGAACAUCGCAGCCGGUGUGGAUGCCGCCAACGUUUCUGCCAUCAUCACCGAUCUGUUCUACAACGGUGAGGAGCCAUACUUUAGCGGCGAGUACGGCCGGGACGACCCAGACAUGACCAACUUCGAGCUCUGGGGUCACUUCUCCCAGAUCGUCUGGAAGGGCACCACCCACGUCGGAUGUGCCACGGUCGAAUGCCCCAACGGUCUCGCCAACACCGGUGACGGCGUCGAGCCAGUGUUCACCGUCUGCAACUACAAGAACCCAGGCAACUACGCUGGCGAGUACAGCGCCAACGUACUCAAGCCACUGGGCCACGCCACCGCACACUGGAACACGGGCUCGUCGUAG